AUGCAAGCAACAGAUGGGAGUCGAAGUUUAAACGUCUUGUUCCAACGAAAUCUGGCUAGAGCACUUGAGAUAGUUGAUGCUGGAGGUGUGGAGUGCUUUGUGGGGAGGAAUUCGAAGAGGAGGGUUUUCCAGGUUCGGGGAAAAUCGGCUGCUGAUUGCUACACGGUCUUCCCUUCCCACUACUGCUCCUGCCAUGCGUUUUUCUAUGAAGUGGUGUGUCGAAGCGACUCCAUUCAUUGCAAGCAUCAGCUGGCAGCGCGGCUGGCAGACGUGCUGAAGAGGUGCAACAUCACCGUAGUCGAGGAUACCAGAGUGGCUGAGUUGAUGAUUCAAAGCUGA